UACUAGUUGUUGCUGCUGCUGCUCGCUCACUGUCCACUGUGUACAUAUGGAGAGAGUGGUGAAAGCAGAUUUUGUAGAUGCUCUUACUACUGCACAGAGCCAAGUUGAUGAUUAUCAGUCUAAACUGGAGGUUUUAAAUCAAAAUUUGUUCAAAGCUGAAGCUGAGAGGAAAAAGUUCCGGGAUCAAUUCUUAUAUGCCGAACAAGAGCUAGCAGCUGCAAAAGGACGUGAACAGGUACUACAAGACCAGCUCUCAAAGGACCUCAGUGAUUCUUAACAACGAUUGAAGAAACAGCUGCAGUCCUACAAUGAACUAUAUGUUAUUGCUGUAAAAGGGUUAAUUUGAUUUGGUGAGAUAUAUUGGCUUGAUGAACUCAGUGGCUUUAAUGAAACUAGUAAUUGUGAAAGAGAACUCAAAUUUUGCUCUGGAGCAUUUUAGGGUU